AAGUAACACUGUAAAAAUGGCAACGGUUGGUCCGUUUUAACAUGAGCAACAUAGGCAGUCGUAGUGAAAAACAUCCCGCCGUUUGAAAUGCCUUAAUGUUUCUAUAGCAACAGCUACCAAGCUGCCAAGUGUUGGCGAAGAGGAGACGCCGGAGCAAAGCUAAAAAAAAAUAGGCAAUGCUUCAAGAUGGCGGUAAAAGAGGAGAACAAGAGAGACAAUAUCAACAGUGAAGCAAGUGUUUACUCGCCAUGGACUGAAAAGAUGCACAGUAGGAAGGAAGCGCCUGCUCUGAAAUGGAGAAGAUUAACAGGUGGCGGAAUGUUGCUACAAACUGGUUGCAAUCCUCCAGUAAACCAUGCAGAAGAAGAUGAAGACGCUGCUUCUGGUCACGUGACUCCCUCGCAUUCAGCGCGCCAAUGUCAAAAGCCUCCACCUGAGGAAGUAGUCAGUCAGAACGCCACCCCGCCAUGGAAACUACGGAGCGUGUCAGUGUGAUGAUGAUGUAUGAGGACGAGUCAGUGGAAGUCCGUUACAGACACGGAGCUCAGUUACAGCUGUCACCGUGUGGCUCUGAAUUCGUGUUGGUUAAAGCCACGGACCCCACGGAGCGAGUCCGACAGAGAAGCAGGUUUACUAUUAGUGCUUAUAAGGAGCUGAUGGUAACUGCAUUGGCAUUCAGGAAUAAGUAUGCAAGUCGACCAUAUCUUCCAGAAGAACUCAUCACGGCUGACAAGAAGAAGCCUUUUUUCAGUAUUGAUUCUGGUGUUAAAUGGCCUGAGUGGUCCUCUUAUAAGCCGGAGUUUGGACCUGGAGGCGAGAUCACAGUCAGGUCAGAGGAGGGCCGAUCCACGUUGGUGCUUUCGCCCUCAGGGGAGGAGUUCUCUGUGGAGUUCACAUGUAGCCUCAGUCAGCCUCAGCACCCAACUGUGUGGAGUUCAAACAAAGAUCCUGAUGGACGUCUGAAGAGUCAGCAGCAGCCUGAAGAGAUGUAUCAGUCCACCACAGUUAUACAGCAUCACUCCUGCUUUGCCGUUAAACCCACAUGGGCCUAUGCUCUCUCCUUGGCUCGGCAUCACUGGACGUCCUGUCUGUCUAAUAGUAAAGAUACUAAGGUUGAAGAAACAAGUAAUUCCAGACAAGAUGACGAGGGAAUGGAAAUAACUGACAAAAAUCAUAAGGACAGAGAGUCCCAGCUUCCCCAGGCUCUUAGUCUUACAUGUCCAUCACCUCACAGGCAUAGAUGGAGGAUUAAAGAUCCUCCAGUUGAAGGAGAAGUAUCAGAUCUUCCAACAGAGCUUGUGAAAAUAUUAUGGUGUCAAGGAGUCACAUACAGGAUACUGAGUGGAGCUGUCCCAGUGGUAGAGGUUUCCCCAGGAGAUGGCUCAGUCAUCCGCUCUAACGGUGUUCUGAACUACUAUUUUACUCAUCACAAACCUAAGCUCCAAUCAGAGGAGGUGAGAGAAAUAACGUAUCACUUAAGCAGCCUUCCCCCUGAUGUACCUGGACAGUUGUACCCUGUGGGCUCCAUUGUGAGUCGUGCUAACAGGAUUCUUGUUUCCUAUAACCAGGCCAAACAUUUACUCAAGGUUCCUGCCAUGCCCACCUGCCUGCAACAGGACAAACAUAUUUCUACACCAACACUGCCUGAGCAAAAUAUGUCCAGUGCAAUGUUUUUUGAGAAACCCAUGAAUAUGCCACAGACAGCAGGAAGUCUCUCUGAGGCUGUUGCUGCAGAACUGGAGAAGAUAAAGCGUUUCAACUUUCUGCUGGAGAACAACCAUCUGUUGGGAGGUGAAAGUGAGCCACAAAACUCAGAAGCAACAUCUUCAAAGAUUACACUGGAGGAACCAUUAAAUGAGGACUCCAUUGCUGAAGCUCUUCAAAGGACCUCUAAAGCCAUUAAGGAAAUUGACGCUCUCAUAUCAGCCACCACACUGAAUUGAGACCUUUUUUUUUUUCUUUGCUGUGAAGUGUAUAAACUGGAGUUAAAGUAUAUAUGGAGUCUGAAAUAAAGUGAUUUUUGAAUGUUA